ACCAAGCAGACUGCACCCAAUAGCUUGCACCACAUACAUUGUACCACAAAGGCUGCACCAUACACAUAUCAAAACAUAAGUUGCACAAUGCACAAAUUGCACCAAACAGAUUGCACAUCGAGAAUGCAACAAGUCGCUGCUUGAGUCCAAGCUGGCAAACAUCUUGUUAUCCUUCUUCAGACCGGCCACACCUGAGAGAGCUGCACAAUUCCUAACCCCCCCAGGGGAACCCAUCGCGUCGUCGAUCUCUUGAGAUGGAGUGCUGGAACUGAGGGCCCCCGCGGGGAGGAUCAACUCCCCAGGCUGUGGUUGGUCUGCUCUUCUGGCGCUCCGUCACCACGGCGGCGCCAUGGAUCUCGUAGCAGGGGCUUGUGGCGGCACCGCUGGUCACGACCCUGGCCUGCACGGCUCCGCCUCCGCCGCGUCCGCCUGCCGCGGCAGAUGGCCGUACGCCACCUGCGCGGCGCCCACGCCCACCGCGACGGCGAGCAGCAGCAGGCCGUGCCGCAACGCGCACGCCUUCGCGGGGGGCACCCGCAGCGGCCCCGCGAGCACGCCCACCGCCGACAGGCAGCCCGCGCCCAGGGCGCCGACCCCAGCGAGCUUCACGGCGUACAGGGCGGCGUCCACGAGGGUCGCCGUGUUGAAGUGGGAGGGCACGCCCCGCCAGGCCUGGGGGCGCAGCAGGGCAG